AUGGCCGAGAACAACACUCUAGCCAUUCCCUCCUCUUAUCUUCUCCAUCCCUCCGAUUCUCCUAGUCUACUUCUUGUCAAUGGUCUUCUCACCGGCGACAACUACCCCAAAUGGCAAAAAGCCAUCACCCGAGCCCUUAAUGCCAAAAAUAAACUUGGUUUUAUCGAUGGCACCCUCAUACCCCCUGAACCUACCAAACCCGAAUAUACUCAGUGGAAUCAAACAAAGGAUAUGGUCCUUACCUGGCUCCUCAACUCCAUCAGCCCUUCCCUUGCCAAUUCCCUUGAAUAUCAUACCGAUCCCCGCGCUGUCUGGCUCGACCUCUCUUCCCGUUUCUGUCAUGGAAACAAUGCCCACAUUUACCACCUCAAACGAGCCCUUUCCUCCCUGCAUCAAAACACAACCUCUGUCCAUGACUAUUUCAACCAAAUCAAACAAUUAUGGGAUGAACUUAGUCAUCUCCAAACCGCCACUGACCUCAAAGACAUGCAACGGCAAGCUGAUGAUGAACAUGUUUUUCAAUUCCUCCUUGGGCUCAACGAUACCUUUGCUCCUCUUCGCACUCAGAUUCUGGCAAUGGACCCACUUCCAUCUAUCGAUAAAGUUUUUUCAAUCUUGUUUCAGGAAGAACAACAGAGGCUUCUCAACCUCCAACCAAUGUCGUCCGAGACCAUGGUCAUGGCCACCCGCACCACCAGUCGACCCCGUCCUCCUCUGAAGUGCACCGCAUGUGGCAAAGACGGUCACACCCGUGACCGUUGCUGGACCCUCAUCGGGUACCCCCCAGGCCGAGAACCUCGGAUCACCAAACCCAGGCCGUCCCUUUUAGGGCCACCUCCGUCGGCUGCCAACUCGGUCUCUCUCCCUCCUUCUGCGUCGGCCAACCUUGUUUCUCUUCCUCCGGAGCUAUAUCAGAAGCUCCUCAAGCUCCUAGCCCCAUCGCCUGUCCCGGCCGACCCAUCCCCUGCAACUUUUGCUGGACUCUCAAUCGAUGAAGCCGAUUGGAGCGGGUGA